UCUGAUCUUCUUUUCGGUAACUUUAGUCCAAAUUAUAAAUUUGUUAAAUGUCGUUUACCCAAUUGCAGUAAUAAUCGCAACAAGCAGCCCUUGGCUGCCUGGCAGUCACAAUUAGAUGAUGGCAAAUGUUUCUAUACAGGCCUCUACCCCAGAGCCUGGACUGAAUAUGAUCUCUCCGAAUAUGGUGUACGUUUAGUAUGUCGUCAGAUUAGUCCGGUAAUACCACAUGAUUAUAAGGAUUCUUCUUUACCUUGUGCGGUAUUUGUGUGGUCGGUGGAGAAUGUUUGCGAAGAGGAGCGUACAGUUUCUAUAACUUUUACCUUUAAGAAUGGCACGGGUAAUAAGAAACAAGAUGCUGAGGGCUCAGCCUCUUCUGAACUCUUUUCGGAGGGUAAUGCCAAAGGUGUAACGAUCAAUCAAAAGAUCAAUGAAAUGCCCUGUAGUUAUAAUUUGGCUUGUCGUGUUUUGCCCGAAAUUAAUAUCACGCGAUGUUUGCAAUUUGAUCCCAGCGGCUCGGGAGAACAAUUGUGGCAGCAGUUAAAGGAUCAGGGACAAUUAAAUGAGGACUCAGCUGAUGAAACUUUGAAGACCAAAGAUGUGGGCGUGGCUAUUUGUGCUAGAGUAUCGGUUAAGCCAAAAUCUUCUCAUGAUUUGGAGUUUGUUUUGUGCUGGGAUAUGCCCAUUAUACACUUUCCCAAAAAGCUUAAGGCUCAUACACGCUAUUAUACCAAAUAUUUUAAUGCUUGCGGGGAUUCGGGUCCCAAGAUUUGUGAAUAUGCUUUGAAACACUACUCCAGCUGGGAGAAAGCUAUAGAUAAUUGGCAAAAGCCCAUACUAAAUGAUGAAGGUCUACCGGAUUGGUAUAAAUGUGCCAUAUUUAAUCAGCUUUAUUUUAUUUCCGACGGUGGUUCUCUAUGGCUACUGUGUGAUUCCUCUUUGGGUCAAGAAUUGGACAACAAUGAUCCCAGACAUGCCUAUGGUCGUUUUGGUUAUUUAGAGGGUCAUGAGUAUCGUAUGUAUAACACCUAUGAUGUGCAUUUCUAUGCCUCACCCGCUCUAGCCCAUUUAUGGCCUAAUUUACAGGUCAGUUUACAGUACGAUUUCAAGGAUGCCAUUGCAGCCAAUCUUACCGAUACACGUAAAAUGCUUUACGAUGGCAAAAUAAUGCCGCGUAAGGUCAAAAAUUGUGUACCCCAUGAUUUGGGUGAUCCCGAUGAGGAACCCUUUACUUUAAUCAAUUGUUAUAAUAUACACGAUGUCAACGAUUGGAAAGAUCUAAAUACGAAAUUUGUCCUCCAGGUCUAUAGAGACUAUUAUGUUUUAAAUGAAUUGGCUCAGGCUCAAGCGGAUAAUGCUAGUAAAUUUAGUUCGAUUGAAUUUAUCGAUAAGGAGAGUUUGUAUGAGAUGUAUUCACAGGAUAAUAAGCGCAAGAAUUCGGUGGAGGAUAAGAAGGAAAAUCGCAAAUCCGCCUCCAUGUAUAUAAACGAGACGAAUGGCAAAGUCUAUCUAAUGGAUGCCAUGACCUAUUUGAAAGCCAUGUAUCCAGCCUGCAAGGCCAUAAUGGAAAGAACCAUAGAAUAUGAUAAGGAUAAUGAUGGUUUAAUAGAAAAUACCAAAAUGCCCGAUCAAACUUACGAUUCAUGGGUCAUGGAGGGACCAAGUGCUUAUUGUUCGGGAUUAUGGUUGGCGGCCUUGCAAAGUAUGUCGGUAAUGUCUACAUUAUUGGAUCAACCCAAUGAUUGUUUACGUUAUCAGGAUAUAUUAGAGAAGGGUAAACAUGCUUUAGAAGAGAAAUUAUGGAAUGGCAGUUAUUAUCGUUUUGAUACCUCGAAUAGUCACAAGGAUACCAUAAUGGCGGAUCAAUUGUGUGGUCAUUGGUAUAUGAAAACCUGUGGUUUUGAUUAUGAGAUUUAUCCGAAGGAAAAUGUACGCUCGGCUUUGAAACGUAUUUAUGAUAAUAAUGUAAUGGGUUUCCAUGGCGGCACUAUAGGAGCCGCCAAUGGUUUUAUAGCCAAUGCUGAGGCCGAGAAGCCGGGACAUGUAGACACCAGCAGUAUUCAAGCCGAGGAAGUAUGGCCAGGAGUAACAUUUGCUUUGGCAGCCACCAUGAUACAGGAAGGCAUGUUCGAAGAAGGUUUCAAAACUGCAGGAGGCCUCUAUGAGACCAUAUCGCAAAAAUGUGGCAUGAAUUUCGAAACACCAGAGGCUUUUUAUGGUGAAAAACGUUAUCGUUCUAUAGGCUAUAUGAGACCUUUAAGUAUUUGGUCCAUGCAAGUGGCUUGGGAAAGACGUAAAGCUUUAAGAGAUUAAGUUGUUUUGAUGGAAAAGAUAGAAAGAAAGAAAGAAAGAAAGAAAAGAAACAAUUAUAGAUAAAAUAGAGUUAACGUGUAACAAGGCUUUUUUGGCAAGUUUAGUUAAGGUGCAGUUAAAGUACAAUAUGUCUAUAUUUAUUUCAAAUUUCUAUAUUAUACAGAUAUAUUUAUAUAAAACAAAAUAACAGGAUUAAAAAACAACAAACCAAAGAUGUUUAGUAUUUAAAGUUUUAAAAGUGUAUGGAACUUAAAAGAGCUUGUUUAUUGAAGGCCUCAGCUAAUAAAUGGUAAUUUUUCUUUAAGAAUAAUAACCAAAAGCACAAAUUUUAGAUAUUAAGUUUUAAAAAAGAGAUAUUUACAAAAGAAAAGGUGCAUGUUUGUUAGUUUUAACCAUAAUUUAUUAAAAUAUUUUAUAAUUUUCUUUAAAAAAAAAA